AUGAAGAACGAGAUCAGACUAGUCAAGGUACGUGCAGGCAAUGGCUCUAGCGAGGUGCUCGAAUGCGACAUUGAGCACAAGCUCUUGAGCAAAGCCAGGUACACUUACGAGGCCAUCUCCUAUUUUUGGGGAGAGUCCUCACGAAGUCACGACGUACUUUGCGAUGACGGUACAAACCACCUCAAAGUAACUUCCAAUCUUUGCGAAGUCCUUAGGCAACUUGCCUCGCUACCAGGCAACACCAACUGCAGAAAUCACUGGAUCGACAGCAUUUGCAUCAACCAAGAUGACGCGAUCGAGCGAGGGAGUCAAGUUCAGCAGAUGGCAGAUAUUUAUCGACUUUCAGAGCAAGUGCAUAUCUUUCUAGGUGUUUUAGCGCCAGGCAUAGACCCACUGCAAAGUGAGUGGUUCACCAGGAGAUGGGUCGUUCAGGAAGCGUUUGUUGCACAGAAGAUUCAUAUCAGUUUCGAACAAAGUGGGCAGACCUGUCACUUUGAUGGUUGGAAACCAUUUUGGGAUCACUGCUUUCACCUAAACGGCUACAAUGGUAUCACUGCUAUGGCUGGUCUCAAGUUCUUUGGCUUUGCUACAGAUGUUCCAGGCUCUGUGCAGCAUGAUAUACUCGACCUGAUGUACACUUUUCACGAUGCAAAGUGCAGCGAUGACCGAGAUCGUCUUUUCGCUCUUGUGGGAGCAUCGAGAGACGUGACAACCAAACAAAAGCCUGGAACCUCAUUGAAUUACCCGGGAUCGAUAUUCUAUUACAAACCAGACUACACAGUAACUACAGAACAAGCAUAUCGCAGCUUCGCACAAGCUGCUCUUCGUUCUACAUCAGCAUUCAAGCUUUUGUCUUGUGCCGGUGCUUUCCGACAUGCUAGCAGCAAGUACACGACGUCCAUUCCCUCAUGGACACCGGAUUGGAGGUGCAAAGCUCCCUUAGCACGGGCACCAGACUACAGUUGCUUCACAGCGGGCUUCCGACGAAUUACAAACGGACAAAGUACCGAGAGGAGACCAGCGAUCUUGGUGGACGAGACCGAUUGGUCCAUAAAUUUCAGAGCCGUACACCUUGGAAAAGUAAAAAACAUUGUCUUCCUCGUGAUAAAAUCUCAAUGGUCACAAUCUGGGUUAAUCCAGGCUCGUUUGGACGCAGGUAACGACAUCUACGAUGCAGUAGGGGUGGCGCUUGAAGACGAGGUUGUUAUACCCAUCGGCUCGCCAACUCCAUUUAUCAUAAGACGGCAGGCCGAAGAACUUGGCUCGUCCCUGAACUACAAACUGAUAUCGGAUUGCUGGCUACUUGACGAGCACUACAAUGCCCAUUCGUACCCUAGAGUCAGGGUUAUGAACGGAGACUACAUAAGCCAGACGAAUACUACCUCCAUUUGCGAAUAUCGCAUCAUUUGA